AUGUUUGCUGUUCCCGGUUGGGCCGUCUCAUCAGCCUCGGUGGCGCUGGAAAAGCCCACCCAGCGCACACAAACCCCAUCCUCUCCGAGGAAUUCCACACAUCCGUCGAAAAAGAGAAAGAAUACGCGCACCCAUGGCGAUCAGGCCUCCAAGGUUUCUGGUAAUGAGCUCGAGAGAUUGUGGAACCUGCGCAACGAGUCCAAAACCAACCGGCCGACGCAUUCCAUCGAGUACAAGCAGGAGCAGGACAAUGGCCGGUCAAGGUUUCAGAAGAGCAAGGCCAGCAUACUGAACACGGUUGAAGAAGGAUCUACCGAAAGAGGGGGACACAGGAGAGGGAAGACGAGCAAGGACAAAAAGGGCCAGCCAAUCUCCACCCAGAGUGAGCGCAAAUGGGAGCAAGUUUGCCAUGGCAAAAGCUCCUCUCUGGCCGCCUCGUCGAAGAAUAUCCUGGAAAACCUCCCAGCAACGCCGCCAGCCACGAAGUUGACACCACUGCAAGAGAAAAUGCGCAGGAAACUUAGCUCUGCACGAUUUCGCCAUCUCAACGAGACGCUGUACACGACCUCAUCUUCUGCUGCGAUGGAGCUCUUCACUGCCUCUCCGGACCUCUUCGCCGAAUAUCAUGCCGGUUUCUCGCAACAAAUCAAAGACGCCUGGCCACAGAACCCCGUCGACCAGUACAUCUCGACCAUCAAAACCCGAGGACACCAGAUUCGCAGUCAUGCCAAAAGGCCUGGGAACACCGACGAUGCGCGAUUUGAACCCCUCCCGCGCCGGAAGACAGGAAGCUGUACAAUUGCCGAUCUGGGCUGCGGCGAUGCACCCCUCGCACGAGGCUGCCAGUCGCAGAUCAAGAACCUGAAAUUGAAAUUCCACAAUUUCGACCUCCACGCGGUAAAUAGCCACGUCACCAAAGCAGACAUCUCCAACCUACCCCUCCGCGAUGGCGAAGCCGACAUCGCCGUCUUUUGCCUGAGUCUUAUGGGCACGAACUGGGUGUCUUUCGUCGAGGAGGCAUGGCGGAUCCUCCGUGGCGAUGGAAAAGGCGAAGUCUGGGUCGCCGAGGUCAAAUCUCGCUUUGGUCGCGUGAAAAGGGGACCAGAACACGUGGUGGAAAACAGCGUGGGCAAGAGACGAAAGAAGAAACCAACCCGAGGCCCGACUCUUGAUGACCAACUCGCUGAAGGGGAACAUUUCGUCGAGGACAACGAGACCGUGUCCGGAGCAGACGAGACAGACAUCUCGGCUUUUGUCAACGUUCUCUCGCGCCGUGGCCUGGUGCUGCGCGAAAAGUCGGUUGACCAGAGCAACAAGAUGUUCGUGAGUAUGGUGUUCGUAAAAUCCGGCGUGCCAACGGCAGGAAAACAUCAGGGAUUGAAGUGGAAUGGAUAUGAGUAUCAGAAAAUCCACGGUGGGAAGAUGCGAUUCGUCAAUGGGAUAUCCAAUGGCAAGGGGAGUCGAGGUGGCGAGCAUGACGAGCCCUCGCCUGAAGAGGAGGCAAAGGUCUUGAAACCUUGUGUAUACAAGACCCGUUGA